AUGCGGGAGGUUUUGCGUUUGAUUCCCAAGUAUGAUCUCAAAUCCUUGUUUCGACUUUUUCUUUUACGCAGAGCACUGAUGGAGAGAGUUGGGUAAGAUGAGUGCAGCAUCGGCCACAGGUUUCUCAGUGCAAUGUGUAUUGGUACAAAUUACCGACGUGAGAUAAGGACCUUUACCUGUACUUUAACAUUGACCGCCAAGCAAACGACAUAAGAGAAAACAAACGCUCAGAUCUGAUCAAGGUCCGGUAAACAGAUUACACUGGAUAGGAUCCCAUACUUUCAAAGGGAAAUAAAACAAAAGAAACCUCCAUAAAACAGAAUGAGAACAAUGAGAACAUCUGUCCAAACUGCGGAUUCGACCAUGAGAGACCACGUCAAAGUGCUCAACCUCCUGAAAAACUUGUACCGCUUUCUUCAAAAAAAGUUAUUUUUCCAAUGCGCAAAGGAAAGAAAAAUGACAAAGAUAAACAAAACGAACCCACGCCAGCUCAUUAGACUCUGACCUCGCAUUUCAGUUACGAAGCGGUAAUCCACGCACAUUCUGCGCACCCACUGUUCAUGUUCUAAUCCAUGGUGAAAACGGAGAAAAGGAAAAAGACUCCGGCCGAUAAGCAAGCAUUCUAGACGGAAAUUCAAGAACCUACAGUCAACUCACCAAAGCAAAACGUAUCACUGCAACCCAGUGACACGAAGCUCUAUGCCAUUGCCCAGAAAAUAAAAGCGCCAUUACAGGAAAUAAAAAACAAAGACCUUAUUCAUCGUUGUCAAGGGAAGCAAGAAGUCUCUCUAAGUCCCGAUACUAUUGUGGAACAAGAAUUAUUGCAGGUACCCAACACAACCAAUACAGAGCGUAAGUCUCCAAUAAAGGACAGUGCCAGUACCAACCAGGACCCUGCAGAGAAUUACUGCGUCUCAGCAAAUCCACUUUUGACUUCCGAGUACAAGUUCAAGGACGGUUUGUCUGAUCCGGGCAAAAACAAGAAAAUCAUGGCAAAGUUAAUAGUAAAUAAAGGCGUAACUCCUAUUGCCCUUAAACUGGAAAAAAUUCUCGAGCCUAAAAGGCACGAAGUAGGAACAAAGAUUUCAUUACUUUCGAGUUCUCGUCAGGCUAUGAAAAACAAUGUAUGAAAUUUUCUCCCUUAAAACAUUAAUUAAAUUGAAAAAUUGUUGAUACAGCAGGUUUGCAAUUUUCCAAAUUAUAUAAAUUUAACCAUUACAGAAAUGCGCGAACAAAGCAAACUUGCAGAGUUUUAAGCUCAAAACCUUUUGUGAGCUUAGUGUUUGCAAAGCAAUAAAGCUUGAGAUGAACAAAGUGCACAAACUUAUUGUUCCGAGGGCGGAUCAAGAAGUUCUGUCACUUAACCUAUAUCUCCCAUAGUUCACCUGCAAUUUCAAGAAUUACAGUCACAUUGCCUCAAAGCAUCUUCCCUCGACUUCUAUACAUCGUUGCAUCCUCAUCCUCCACUUCUGAAAGCAUUCUCGGUACUCUGAAUCAGGUAUGGCCCUCAUAUCUGAAUGCACAGCUUUAGCAAGGUCUUGGGUCCUUGAAAAAGGUUUCCCAGCAAGGGCAGAUUUGAAUUUUGGAAAGAGCCAGAAAUCGCACGACGCCAAGUCGGAUGACUAUGGUGGAUGUUCCAUCAAACGGAUACCAUUGUCAUCAAGGUACGUCUGUGUGAUGCGAGCUUUGUGA